AUGGCCGUCAUCACCCCGAUGCCACCACCGCCCCCCGAAGAGACGAGCACACUGACACAUGACAACAUGAACAACGCAGACCAACGCGGGCACACGCUGGGACCAGACAACGAUGAUCGCCAGCCCGGCAGCAACCGA